GAGCAGCAACGGAUGAGCGUGUCGCGAAAGACGAACUCCGAAACUAGAGAGCUCCUUUUAGUACAGUACGCCCGCACGACGGUGUGCAGGCUGCUGUGCAUGUUUAGCUUGCAUCGUCUCGUAUGUACCCUAACAGACACCUGAUGGUUUAUCAGCACUGCGGCUGUCGGGAAUUUGCCACCUUUCCCUUACGAACCCAUCGUCGGCUGUCUUUCUCAGUCUCUUCCUAUCUGUUGCCUUCUUGUGUUUGAACGUCUCCUCUCCUGCGUCUUCUCUCUGUCUCGCCGCCCCACUCCCUCGCCCAAGCUGCCUCUCAAGUAUCUGGUCACGCUGAGUGCCGUUUGUGAUGCUUUGGAGUGCACUUGAGACUACAGCUAUUUCCCCCGUCUUUCCCGCUCACCGCUGGCGUCUACGACUCGUAACUAGAAAAUCUAGUAUAUUUAGCAUGGGUCAAAGAAAAAAGGAUACAUUUUAGACUUUAACAGUUUUUCCCUUAUCAAGAACGACUUAUCGCUUCUUUAUCAAACACCUCGGUGUUUCCUUCUCGGUGUGUUCAUCCUUUUCAUUCCCUCUCUCUUCAAGAGGAUCCGCUCGUCUGCGGAUGUGCAUGCAUCCCCACGAAGUGCUUCGAGGGGCGACCUCUGCCCUGCACUGUGCGUCUCUUCCGCCUUCGCCGACUCCAAGCCACUGGCGACCCCAACCAAUGCUCAGUCGCCAUUUGACUGACUCUCCGCCUCUCGCUUCUUCCCCCUCCCUUUCUUCGGAGUCGCCUCCAUCGGCGUCUUCCCUGCGUCGUCCAGGGCGUGGCGUCCGCAGUUCUUCCGCCGUGCAGAUUCUAUUGUCUCCUCAUGUGGAGGAAAAGCGAGACAACAGAAGGAAGGAGAGAAACCAGGUAGACAGAAACAAUGCGCAGCGGCAAUCCUCAGCCACGACUCCCCCUCGCUCAUGCGGGUCCCCCUCGACAUCCCUUAGUGUACAUACACCGGGGAGCCGCCGUGGGUCCGCCGUACUCAACGCAUGCUAUGCUCCGCCGCCUGCCGCUUCUCUAGCCGAAUCCGAGGGCGGCGCCUGUGCAGAGCACGCCUCUCAGGGUGGGCGGCCUCCUGAGGUGAACGUUCGAGAAGAGCGAGAUAUUCAAGAAGGGGAAGACAGCGCAGGAACCGUCGCCACGGAGAUUACACUGCUGGACAUGGCAGGACAUCCCAAGUACAUCAAAAGUGCCUUGACAGGGCUGCUCAGAGAGUGCCUGGGUCAUGUCGUCCUCGUCCUCGACGCUUCGCCAGAGGCAGCCCCGCUCCAAGUCCAGCUCCAAGAGGAGCGUGUGUUGCUGGCGACGUCUCUGAUCCUUCUGCGUCUCCCCUUCACUCUCGUCUUCAACAAAUGGGAGAGAAGAAACUGCGGGAUCCGAACAGACACCAACGACGCCGGCUCUGCUCCCGCUUUUAGCGAACCAUGUGCCUCGUCUGUGUCGCUCGUUGGGGCCGAGGAAGGUCCAGGUGCUGAGGCGGCUUCUAUGCGGCUCUCUGGAGUCUCGCGGGAGACAAAGAACAGAUGGGGAAAGAGGAAAGAAGGGGAGCGUUGGCGACCCAACGCGACGGCAGAGGCAGAGGAAAAAGCGCAGUUGUGCGCGGAGGUUCUGGGGAACCUCCAGGCGAUGUUCCGCGUCGCAGGAGCCGUGCUCGAAGACUCCUGCUUGCAUCGCCUCUCUGGUCCCGAUGGCAGGGCGAAGCAUUUUUGUAAGCGAGAGGAGACAAAGAAAGUUGGGGAAGAAGCCGGAGAAAUCGAAGAGGAAAAAGUACCGACGAAAGCUGCAGAGAUGGCGAGAGAUCCGCUUGUAUCUUCUGGCUCUCCACGAGGACUAGACGGGACCGGCCAACGACUGUUGAAGCACCCGAGGCGAAGGCCCAGGACGGCGACGGCGAAGGAGAAUUGCGCUGUGCUUCUUCGGACGUGUCUCCUUUCACAGCGAAGAGAGCAGGCGAGAGAAGACGGGAGCAACGAGUGGAGAGAGAGACGCACAGACGAAGGACGGAGAAGGGAAGGAGAUCCUUCGUUCACCGCGACUCUGGGUGUUACGACAUCGCGGUGGUUCCCCCUCACCUGCCGAGGCGCCUUCUGCGUGUCCUGCGUCGACGGCCAGGGUAUUGAACAGCUACGGCGGUCUCUGCAGGAACUAUCCCCCUGGGUCCCUGCAGAGGCGAAGGUUUCCGUGUCUCGCGAUGCAUGCGUCGCACCACACGGCUUCUCUUUCAAGCCUCGUUUCGCUCCUCUGGUCUCGGACGAGGGUGAGCAGUCCUCAGCUGUCUCCAUAAAUCAAAACAAAACCCUCGGGUGCGACAACAUAAACGUACACCCGAACGUGUCUCUGCCGUCUGCCUCUGAGAGCGGUGCUUCCUCAUUUUGUUUCGCCUUGAAUUGCUUGCCUGUCUCCUGCCCCUGCUCUCGGCUUCCAUCCACUGACCGUGCCUCUGCUGCUUCUGGUAUUCUAUCAUCUUCUCCCUCUUCCUCCUCCUCUUCCUUCUCGUCAUCCCCUUCUUCCCCUUCAUCUUCUUCCUGCUCAUCUCCGUGUUCUGCCGCACCAUCAUCAUCUCCGUCUUCUUUCUCCUCUUCUUUCUCCUCUUCUUUCUCCUCUUCUUCCUCCUCAUCGUCCCUAUCUUCGUCGUCUGCGUCUGUGGCUUCCCCCGUUUCGACUCCCUCUGACUCUCCCGUCUCUUCAGUUCCCGCAGAUUCUUUUAUCUCUUCUUCUUGUGGCUUUCGUUCUUCUCGCUCUUCUGGGUUUCUCCCGUCUUCGCGUUUGCCGCCUGCGAUACGCAGCGCCUUCUUAGUAACGGAAGUUUUCUCAAGGUGUCGCGCGACAGCGGAGCCAAGAGAAGAAAAUCUUUUCUCUGAUAAUUCUUCAGCAACUACCACUGUACACCCUCGUCCCCGAGUCGUCUGUCGUCCUCCGCUCUCCUCUGCGUUCUCCGGAGACGAAAGAGGAGACAGCAGACAAGAAGCAGAGUGUACAGACGCUGCAUCUGUGGAAGAGCAGGAAAGCGAGCAAGACGAGAAAGGCCUAGGAGCUGUGUUGGGAGGCAUGCUCCUUCAGGGUCGCCUCAAUGUCGGAGACUGCGUCCUGUGCGGACCUCUUCUGUCGCCGUCUCUGUCGGUGUCGUCUGGAGGCUCUUUUCCUCCAUUUCUGUCUCCUCCUGGUGUUCCAAGGCGGCCCGUGGAGACAGGAGACAGCGUGGCGAAACUGCAUGCGAUGGACGAGAGAGAAGAGAACACAGACGCUUUACAUGAUGGUGAAGCAUGGAGAAGAGGAGAGAGAGAAGAAGAGAACGGGGAGUCUACGGGGGGCGAGGACGAGAUAGACGAUGGCGAAAUCGAGGAGCCAUCUGGAGGCGCCUCCUUCCUGUGGUUUUGGGCUAGGGUCAAAUCUCUGAGAGACAGCGCGAGACAAGCAGUUACCUUCCUUCCAGAUACAGCGACGCCGAUGAAAUGCUCUCUGGCCGCCGUCUUUCUGUCGGGUGUCGCACCUGUCGAAGACGUCUCAAGGCAAUUCGCGAACCGCAAGGAUAGCCAAAGAGAAAGGCGACGACAACGAGGAACGAAUGAAGGCAUGAAAUGGGAAGAGGGAAAAGAAGAGCAAGCAGGACAAGAAGAGGAAGCAGGAACAGAGGGAAAGGGAAGGGAAGAAGGAAGAGAAAGAGAGAGCGACGACGCAGAGAGAAGGCGAAGCAUAGCAACGGAGAGAACACACAGGGAGGAAGGACUCGUCAAGCUUCUGAGGCCAGGUCUGCUCCUUGUGUGCGUGAACGCGGAGAGAGAAAAGCGUCUGUUUCCAGGUGGCUUUCUCGAAUCGACAAAAGAGGAGACUGAGAGACGCUGCGCCGGCGGGCAUUGCCCCCUUGCAUGCAUGCGCGGGCGAGGGAAUCUCGGGUGUCGACCCUCGCCUCUGCCUCUGGAAGCAGAACAAGUGGAAACUUUCAACAAGGCCGCUUUCAGAAGGCAGCUUAUUCCGAGCCUUCCCAUGCCUGUCGCGGCCUGCUGGUGUCGUUUGCACAUCUUGGCGCAUCCGUCGGAACUCCGAAAAAACAACACCCUUGUCGUCUACACGCAUGCCGUCCGACAAGCCGCGGAAGUCCUCUCCAUUCUCCCGCUGUCGGCGUCCUGGCACGAGCUCAUGGGCGUCACGGCAAACGCGCUUGCCUGCGUGAAUGAGCGCAUGCAGUUUCGCUCCAGGGUCACUAAAUGGGGAAUUCAAGCUCAGCGUCGCUGUCGGCCAGAUAAAGAAGACGAGAGACGCGAGAGAGAAAUGGAAGAAGGGAAAACGUCAACCGCAAGAAGAAGUUGCAUCAGGGCGGGUAGAAAGAACCGAUGUUUGCGUUCUCUCUCGGAGGCCGCCACGUCAGUGGGGGGGCGAAGUGGACCUGUGACUCUGGCGCCUUUCGACACAGGGUUGGUUCUCCUUCAGUUCAUCAGCGAAUUUGGUGGAGAACUUUUGGCUUCUGGUCUACCAAUUGUUGUGUGCAGCGGCGUCGAUGUGCAGGGCGUCGGCCACGUGGUGGCCCCUUGCCCGCAGAUUCCGUUUUUCUCUCAAAGGUUUCUGGUCUCGUGACGGAGCCACGCGUCAAUAAUUCUUUCGUUUGGCAAAAUGGACACGCAGUUCUGGCGCAGCGCGUGGCGGUAGUAGACACACAGAGAGGGCAGCAACGUUGUUCUGGACAGAGGCUGGAAAAGGAUUUGCUUGCAUUUAUCGUGCAAAUGCGAGCACAUGAAAAUAUACACAAUGGUUCUCCCACGGGUCUUCGUCAGCAAUUGCACAAGCACAACAGCAGGCAGAAAGUGCACCGAAUAGCCCUUUACCUGAACAAGCAGGCCCACACAUACACAUAUUCGGAUAUCCGGAUGCAUGUGUAGAUAAGCUUAUAUUUGUGGAUCAGGAACGAACUGCGGAUUUGCUUCUGUAGGUAGAGAAUUUGCUGGCAAGAGGCCUCAGAGAAGGUGCACACAGAAGCAAAGAUCUGCGUGUCGUGUGUCGAGCUCCUGCAAUCCUGAUGGGUUCUGUACAUUAGGGAAGUGACGAGUUAUCUCACGGUGUCGAUAUCUGCAGAGAGCCAUGACGGAACAGUUACAGUUUAUUUGUUUUCCGAAUGCUCUCAAGUGUGAUCGGCUAAUCAUUUGUCAGACUGUCAAUACCGAGUAGAUCCCGUGCUGAAGACUGCC